CUAGAGAUACGGCUACCCGCGUUUAAAAGCAAGGUUUGCGAAUCUUCUUGCUCAAUCAGUACCGCCCAAAAUACAGCCAUGUCCAAGCAGAUAUUUCGCCAGACCCUCCUCCUCGCAUCCUGGGUCCCCGUCGCCUUUUUCGUCCAAGAUCACGUCUGCUGGGUAUGUCCAAUUGACGGCAUUUCCAUGCGCCCAACAUUCAACCCAGAUACAAACCUGCUAUGGAGAGAUUGGGUGAUCCUCGAUAAGCUUGGCUUUAGGGGGCUGAAAGCUUGGCCGGCGGGGAAGCCGGAGAGUUUGUUUAAAGUUGGGGAUGUGGUUGUUCUGCGAUCACCUCUUGACCCAGAAAAGAUCUUGACAAAGCGGAUUGUCGGUCUAGGUGGUGACACCGUGAGCACGCGGAAACCAUACCCAAGUGGAUACGUCAAGAUCCCACCUGGACACGCAUGGUUAGAAGGAGACGAGCAGUUUCAUUCAACAGAUAGUAACACCUAUGGGCCGGUGUCCUUGACACUCAUUGAGGCGAAGGUUAAAGGCAUAAUCUGGCCACGGUGGUCGGGCAUACCGGGAGGAGGUAGAGAAGCUAGGGUACAUCCUAGCUUAGCUAAUAUGAAUCAGAUCAGAACGUAAUCCUAG